AUGACUACUUUACUUUCAAAUUACGAAUCAGAAUUCAAGAAUACGCUUCAGCAAAGUAAGACACUUCUCUCUGUGGCGCCAACCCAGCCAGUGAGCCAAAGGAAUAGUACUUUGCAAGAAGUUGAACAGCAGCAAGAUGAGCUCCUGGAUUUGAUCGACCAGAUGGACAUCGAGGUCAACAACGGCGCCUUGGAAGUCCAAAGCCGCAGCGCGUUCAAAGCAAAGCUACGGGAUUACAAGAAACAGGUUCACAAUGAUGUGAAAGCACCGCUGCAACAGCUUACAGAUUCUCGCAAUAGAGAUCUCUUAUUUCAAGGGGUUCCAGGUGCCGAUGGCUUGCCACAGGAUGGUGGUCAGAGACAGCAGAUGCUCUCCAAUCAUGCAAUUUUGUCGCGCACAGGCGAUAAACUGCGAGAUGCGACACGUACGGCCGUGGACACCGAAAAUGUGGGGUCUCAAGUCAUGAUGGACCUUCGAGCGCAAAGAGAAACCCUUGAAAACGCAAGACAAACUCUGUUUCAAGCAGACUCAUAUGUUGACAAAAGUAUCCGCACACUAAAGACCAUGAGCAGAAGACUGGUUGCUAACAAAUUUAUUAGUUACGCAAUCAUCGCGGUUUUGAUAAUACUGAUUCUGCUUGUGCUCUUCGCAAAGUUCAAGUAA